AUGGCCUACGACCGCUACGUGGCCAUACACAGCCCCUUGCAAUACACGACCAUCAUGAGCAGCCGGACAUGCCUGCUGCUCGCAGGGGCUUCAUGGUUCAUUGGCAUCUUGAUGGAAAUAAUUCACACCACGCGGAUCUUCAGCCUGCCCUUCUGCGGCUCCCACCGCAUCCACCACUUCUUCUGCGACGUCCCAGCUGUGUUGGACAUGGCCUGCGCCAACACAUCAAAAAACGAUAUCAUGCUCCUGAUUAUGGUGUUCAUCACGUGUCCUUUUUUGCUGAUACUCCUGUCCUACAUCUGCAUUAUCACCACCAUCAUCAGGCUGCCGUCGGCAGAGGGAAGGCGUAAAGCCUUCUCCACCUGCUCCUCCCAUCUCAUGGUGGUGACUUUCUAUUACGGAGCAGGAUAUUUUGGCUUCCUGGUGCCCAAAUCUACCUCCACUCUGGAGAGAGAUCUCAUGCUUUCACUUUUUAACACAAUUGUUAUACCAAUGUCACACCUCUUAAUUUACACUCUGAGAAACAAAGAGGUGAAGGGAGCUGUUGUCAAAACAGUAGAGAAGAGCAUCUUCGCUCACAACUGGAGAAAUCAGAGAAUGAGAACAAGAGUUAGUUAA